CGUGGACUGAGAGUCAGACUGAGCAGAGAGACUUCAGCUCCACUCACAGAAGAAGACCAAGAAGGAGAAGAAAAUGGCUGACUCAACCAGCAGCAGCCGCUCUGACUCUUCAUCAUCCAAAAAUUCCUCCUCUUCCUCACUCAGAGAUCUCACACAUUCAGCCUUACAGCUCAUCCACUGGAAAGAACCGAAGAAGACGGCGGCAGCCUUCAGCGUCUCGCUGCUGGUUCUUGUCUCUGUGGCGACAUUGUCUGUCAUCAGUGUGGUGUCUUACCUGUUGCUCACCUGCCUCUGUGUCACCAUCACCUUCAGGGUUUAUAAAUCAGUGAUCCAGGCAGUCCAGAAAUCAGACGAAGGUCAUCCAUUCAGGUCUCUGUUGGAGAGGGACAUCUCAGUGUCCUCAGAGGCCGUCCGGCUUGUGGUGGAUCAGUCUCUGGUCCAUCUGAACUGGUUUAGCUGUCAGACCAGGAGGCUGCUGUUGGUUGAGGACCUGGUGGACUCUUUGAAGCUGGCUGCAGUCAUGUGGAUGAUGACGUACGUUGGAGCAGUCUUCAAUGGAGUAACCAUCCUGAUCCUCGCUGACAUAAUUUUCUUCACCACUCCGCUGAUCUACCAGAAGAAAAAGACACAGAUUGAUCAUUACAUCGAGCUUAUUCAGUCCAGAGUGGAGGAGUCGCUGCACAAGCUCCAGGACAAGUUACCUGGAGCUGUGAAAAGAACCAAAGCUGAGUGACCACCUGCCCUCUCCUCUGAUUGGUCCAUUCAUCAGGGACUCACCUGCUAAAAGUCUUGUAAUAAAAUCCUGACAGUAACAAUGAA